AUGUCGUCGGGGCCGGGCUGCCCGGUGUGCGGCGAGCCCUGGGUGUCCCCGCGGCUGCUGCCCUGCCUGCACUCGCUGUGCUCGCCCUGCCUGCGGCGGCUCUGCACGCUGGCGGAGCCCGGCCGCCCCGCCGCCCGCUCCGUCCUCUGCCCGGUGUGCGACGCCGAGGUGCCGCUGCCGCCCGGCGGCGUCGGGCAGCUCACCCCCGACUACCUGGCCCUGAGCCGCGGAGGGGCGGUGGGAACGGCGAGCUGCGACCUGUGCGUGGACGGGGCGGCCGUGAGGCGGUGCCUGACGUGCGGGGCUGACCUCUGCCACUUCUGCUGCCAGGCACACAGGAGACAGAAGAAGACAGCCUCUCAUACCGUGACAGAGCUGGAGAACAGCAAAGAUUGCAGCCAGGCUGGGAAGCCUCUCCUCUGCCCUUCCCAUCCCACAGAGGAGCUGAGGCUGUUCUGUGAGCAGUGCGACCAGGCAGUGUGCCAGCACUGCCUUGUGGGCAGACACCGACAGCACCCCUGUGACUUCACUGGCAAUGUCAUCCACAGGCAUGGGGAUGCCCUACGGGAGCUGCUGAAGAGCACCCAGCAGCACAUGGGCACCCUGGAGAGUGCACUGAGCCAGAUUGAUGCCAUGGGCAGUGCUGUCCACAGUCGCGCAGAGGCUGUGGCCACAGAGAUCUGUCUGUUUGCCAGUGGCUAUGUGAAAGCCAUUGAGGAGCACCGGGACAGGCUGCUGAAGCAGCUGGAGGACUUGAAGGUGCAGAAGGUAAACCUGCUGCACUUGCAGAAGGCACAGCUGCAGCAGCUGCUGCUGGACAUGAGGACAGGAGUAGGGUUCACAGAGCACUUGCUGGCGAGCGGCUCGGAUCUGGAGAUCCUCAUCACCAAAGGAGUGGUGGCAAGCAGGCUGACAAAGCUGAACAGAGUUGCUUACAACACCCACCCCAGCAUGGAUGACGGGAUCCAGUUCUCUCCCCAGGAGAAGGCAGGGCAGUGUUGCGGCUAUGAAGUUUUUGGGGCCAUUCUCAAUAAAGCAGUUGAUCCAGUCAGAUGUACCCUGCAUGGGGAAGAUCUCCAUAAUGCCCAUCAGAACCAGCUGACUGGCUUUACCCUGCUCUGCAAUGACACCAUGGGGAAGCAGAUGGGGCGAGGAGGAGAGGCUGUGCAGGUCACCAUCACCCACAAGGACAAGAGGGACUGUACAGUCAAGCCAACAGUGUGUGAUAAUGGUGAUGGGACCUACCAUGUAUCCUACAGCGCUGAGGAGCCAGGCGUGUACACCGUCUGUGUCUGUGUGAAAGGGCAGCAUGUACAGGGCUCUCCGUUCACUGUGAUGGUGAAGGGCAAGUUCCGUGAGCACCAAGGUGUGUUUCACUGCUGCACGUUCUGCUCCAGCGGAGGGCAGAAGUCUGCCCGUUGUGCCUGUGGUGGGACCAUGCCAGGUGGGUACCAGGGCUGUGGCCAUGGACACAAAGGUCACCCUGGCUGCCCACACUGGUCAUGCUGUGGACAGGUGAAGAAGAGCUCAGAGUGUUCGGGUGGGCCACCCAGUGAUGCCUUGCAGAAGGGCUUGCUCAGGACAGUGGCACUUUGAGCAGCCAGGUGAGCUCCUGCAGCCCAGGGCACUGCUGCUGCCUCUGCAUGGGCACAGACCCUGAGGAUCCCCACCAUCAUUGCAUAGACUUGAUGCCAGAGAAUAAUGUUGUGAUGGGUGGGAGCUGGGAGAGGAGGAUGAGAGAAAAUAAAAUUGUGCCUUAUAUUGCA